CAUUUCCCACCUCCACCACGGCACCACCACGCCUCCACCCCUCCACCGCGCCCAUAUUCCCGCCCUCGAAUCCACACCCGCCGCCGAAGUGCCGCUGACUCGCCCACGGAGCACCUCGCUUGCCCGCCACCUGCAGCAUGUUCGCAGCAAACCGCCUCCUGCGCGCCAGCCCUGCCGCGCGGACUGCUCUUGGCCGCCACAGCGGAAAGCAAUUUCACGCCUCGGCGCCCGCCUUCGUCAAAGCUGGCGAUCGCAUUCCCGAUGUGGAGCUGAUGGAGAACUCGCCUGGCACCAAGGUCAGCCUCGCCAAGGAGCUCACGGGGAAGGGUGUGAUUGUGGGUGUUCCCGCGGCCUUCAGUCCUGGCUGCUCCGAGUCUCACAUACCUGGUUAUAUCAACUCUCCCAAGCUGAAGGAUGCCGGCCCCGUUUUCGUUGUAUCGGUCAAUGACGCCUUCGUAAUGAAAGCAUGGGGAAAGGCACUUGAUCCUACCGGCAAGAGUGGAAUCCGCUUCAUCGCCGACCCUACACUGGCUUUCACCAAGGCCUUGGACCUCGACUUCGAUGCUAGCGCCAUCUUCGGAGGUCCGCGUGGCAAACGAUAUGCCCUUCUUGUAGAAGACGGGAAUGUCAAAGAGGCCUUCGUUGAGCCAGACAAUACCGGUAUCAGCGUUUCGGCCGCGGACAAGGUCCUUGCUUAGGAGGAGGGACACCCUGGCGUUGCUCUUAUUGACUAAACCCUGUCAGCCAGAGUUAGUAGCAUUAAGAAUACUUAGUCUUGUAUAUUAUCACGUGGAACAGCCCCGACCAUCCGGGCACUUAGCGCC